GUUGAUAUUCAUCCUUUGCAAUAUCAAUUUACAAAACAAUACAUUGGUACGUAGCUAAUUAAAAAUGGAGUACUUGGUAACCAUGAUAAUGCUUUUGAGUUUUAUUAUUCCCCAGCAGCUAGUUGUUUCUCAGACCGACUACCAUCAUAUGCAGAUGGUACUUCAAUGGCCACCCAUAUUCUGUGGGAAGAAGGGAAACUACUGCAAUGAUCCUUCUCUGAUGCAGUUCACCCUGCACGGCCUUUGGCCUGCAAAUAGCACUGGAUAUACUCUGAGCUGUUUUCCACCAACAACUAAUACUAACAUGUGGCUAAGUGACAAAGCGUUAGUGAGAGAUCUCCACACAUAUUGGUAUAGUUUGAUCCGUGGCCGUGCGGACUUUGCGUUAUGGAAGCAUGAAUGGGAAAAGCAUUGCUAUUGUGCUAGUCAGACGAUAACAGAUACUGAAUACUUCAAGGGGGCAGUGAGGUUUUCCAAAGACCCUGUAAUUGACAAUAAUGCGGUUUUAAAAAAAUUGCGCUCUAAAGGAAUCACUCCUUCAAAUAGUCUUGUUUACAAAGAUACUGCCAUAAGAAAUCUUUUCCCCAACAAGAACAUCUAUAUUUCUUGUAAGAAAAAUGCAACCAAUCAUUGUUCCUGCAUGAAAUAUACUUUUGCUUGGAUCCAAUGUUGGGGAAUUUCAUUCCCUGCCCGACAAGUCCACUCAAGAGAAGCUGUGGAUUUAGAAAAGGAUCAUUCAAUAUCAUCUUUCCGAUUCAGGCCAAUCCCAUCUAUGGCUCAAGCUGGAGAGAGGAUCUUAAUUAAGAACAACUUACACCACUAGGCAAAAACAAUACAUUAUAGAAUAACAGUAGUGUGUAUAUAUGUAUUUCCUACUUUUAUGCCUAGUAGGUGGGAAAAAAAGUACUAUCUAGUGUGUUUCAAAGAAGCAGUUGGUUGUCCAUGUUCGGAUUAAAGUUUAAUAUUACUAUAAUAUAAGCAUAUUUAUCGGUUGGUUACGCUCUGUGUUUAUUCUCCCUUUCUAAAUUUGCGACGCACCUGUGGAAAUAUAUACGAGUAUAUGUUCUGUGUGCUUA